ACUCAUUAAGCCAAGCCGAAAGGAAAGCCGAAAUUUUGGCUAUUAAUUAUGAUUAUUACCGUAAUAGUGCUGACAAAAUCGCUGCCGGUCAAGAGAUAAAUUGCGGAAAGAAUUCUCCUAAUGGCAAGCCUUCCUACUGUGCUUCUUGUCCUUCGUCCGCCGAACCCAAUAAAAAUAUUUCGAAAAAUGAAACUAAAAUUAGUCAAAGUAGCGUUAUAGCCGAAAUAGAAGCCAAAAAAAUUCAAUUACGAAAACUGAAAGUCGAGCAAGGUGAAAAUUCCGAGGAAGUGGGUGGCAGCAGUGGAAUUAAAUCCGAAGAGGGAAAAUUAGCCGAAACUAUCGACCGUGAUAAUCUUCGAGGAGAAAGACAUAACAAAUAUUAUUUAAUUUCUGCGAAGCAAGCCGAAUUGCAAAAAGAAGAAGAACAUUUAAAAAGUUUGGGAUUACAACGACAAAGAUGCUGGAUUGAAAGAUUGGAUAAAAAUAGCAUUCUUUUUGAAAACGAUAAAUUGCAUUAUGAUAAUAUGGAUAAAAUCCCGCCCUCAUUUUUGGAUAGUCUCCGAGCCCAAACCGAACGAGAAAAAGAAAUAAACGAUAAAGAAAUUGCCUUGCAACAAGCCAAAGCGAAUGGCGAGAGUGAAAUGGUCGCCCAAUUAGAACAGCAAAUCCAAGAAUUAAAAAAUCAGCAAAAGAGUAAUAAUUUAUCGGUUGAAAAUCCCACUAAAAACAAGUUAAUUAUUUAUUCGGUUAUUGGUUUAUCGGUGGCUAUCUUAAUCAAUGAAAAAAAUAUGCCCUUUGGUUCCGUUGGUUUUAAAGAGAUUUUACAGGAACUAGAAAAAAAUGACUGCCUGUUAGAAAAAAAACAUUUAGCAGAAUUUCAUCCCCUCAAUAAAUUAGGAGAAAAUAUAGUAAAAGUAAAAUUAAACCCGGCUGAUAAAUUAUAUACUGCAAAAAAAGAUUGUCUGGACGAAGUUAAAAGAUUAUUCACUACUAAUUUGAAUUACACUUAUAGUCAUAAAUAUUAUGAAAACGAGCAAGGCGAGGAUAUUGGCAUCGGAAAGAACCUCUUUGCUGAGGAAGCUCACGACAAAAAUCUGAGCCGUCACCAUCGCGAAGUCAGUGUUGAUACUGGUGAAUUAACUGAUGAUGGUAGUAAAAAAUUUUGUAAAAUUACUGUCAAUCCGGCCCAAAUAAUACGGGAACGAGACUGGCUCUUUGGCACUAACAACACUCCCAUAGUAACCAUGGCUAAUUAUCGGGAAAAAGUUCAGGACGCUCAGACCGCCGAGGAAGCUUUCCAAAAAGAAAGAGAGGAAACUAACGAGUUUUUGGACGGAGUCAAAUAUCAUGUUCGGACCAUGCUUCAACGAAUGGGUUGCAUUAACCAAGCAAUGAACGACACCACUGUGGCUGGUCGCCAAGCCCUACUCCAAAAAAAAAUUGGUGUGGACACCCUUCGAUUACAUGCUGUGUCGCCACCACCAGCACCGACCAAGCAGUCUGAAUCUCAACCCACUCCCAACCUGCCCAACAGUUCCGAGCCGGCUGAGGAUAAUUACCAAGGAACCACGGAUAUUCCCACAGCUCCUCUUUCGGAAGAAGAAACGGUCGCCAAAUUAGCCGAAGUGAAAAAAAAACUCGCCCAGGUUGAGCCAGCAGUGAAAGGUCAAGGCUCCCAGUCGCCGCAAGAGGCUCGCCAGACCCUCAGCCAACUAGAAAGACAAUUAAAACAAUUGGAAGAUAGCAAUGCCCCGUGGUCGUCAAUCGCCGAAUUAAAAGACCAAAUUGCCGGUUUAAGAAAACAAUUAGCUGACAUUGCCCCAAUUUUAGCUUCCAUUCAAGAAUUAUUGGCUAAAAAUACCUCCGUUUUGGAUAAGUACAAUCAUGGUGGUAAUUUUACCGCUCCUACUGCUAGUAUAACUGAAUUUCAUGAAAUCAAAAAUUAUUUACAAAGUGCUAAUAAAAAAGAACUUACCAGUCAAGAACUAUUAAACAUUAAUAACGAAAAUCCGAACAGUAAUUCGUCGCUACCAACUUCUUCCAGCAAGAAAGGACUUUAUAUUACUGGCGGGAUAAUUAUUGUCUUAGUGAUUAGCGGAGUAAUUUGGUUUUGA